AUGGCUACCCUUCCGCUUGAGGCUUGGAUACCCGAGGAUGAUUGGAGGCAGACCCAGAGUGCAGCAGAAAGGAGGAAGCUGCAGAAUCGCCUCAAUCAGCGAGUCCAUCGAAAACGAAAGCAUUUACAACGCUGCGCGGCGAAUGGCAGCAAUAGUGAUAACCGGGAGGUCGGGAUAGGUCCUGCGGAGCCGCCGAAGUCCCUCUUGAAGAACGACCGGUCCCUGAUUCGUCGACUGGAUCACCCGCAAUUGCCAGCCAACCUCCACAAUCUUCCCAUCCUAGUCAAACUGAGGAAGCACCCGCUAUACGGACGUAUCGCAUACUUCCUGUUCCAGGCCUACGUCGACUGGUCCCUCGGCCACCCUCAGCCCUGCACCCUGCCGGGACUCACGCGGCUGAAUGCUAUGGAUGCCCUUUUGAGGAACGCCUUUGUUCUCCAGAUUCCAGUAGAGUACUUGGAGAGCGAUGACUACGACUCUCUCUUUAACAGUUCAGAUCCGUCAUGCCCGAGCCUGCCGCAGGCAAUGCCGUCCGAUCUCUCUCCCACAGCGCUCCAGAAGGCGGUAACACACCAUUCUUGGCUGGAUGUCUUUCCAUUCCCAAGACUGCGAGAUAAUAUUCUGCAAGGCAUCUCAUCUGGCGAGCUGGACGAGGAGCAGAUGAGUGUAGAACUAUGCUGCGACCUGCUGGACUUGGAGGCCACCUCGACAUCAGGGCUCAUGAUAUGGGGUGAAGCAUGGGAAGCAAGUAGUUGGGAAUUCAGUCCCGAAUUUUUCAAGAGAUGGGGCCCGCUGUUAAAGGGGUGUUCACAGAUGCUGGAGGCAACCAACUACUGGCGGGAAAAGCGCGGUGAGAUGCGGAUCGGAUUUGUCCUAAAUUGA